CAAGUCCUGAUACCGGAUCCAAUCUGAAUCUAACACAUGUUUUUCUGCUUGUUUUCUUGGUUUGAAAACAAAUUAUCACUCAAUCAUUUUAAAUUGUUAUAAUUUAAUCAUGCUUUGUAACCAAGUAAAUCGUUUGAUAUGUACUCCCCAAAUUGUCACCAACUUUACAAGUGUGCGGUGUAUCGGUUCCAUCAACAAGAAGCGUAUGUUUGAAGGUAGACCUCCUCGUCGUGGUGAUUCUGUACUUUUCGAUGGACCUGAUUUUAGUUUUAUGGAUGGAAGAGGUCAACCACCGUUGACUUUGGGUCAAAGGCGACGUUAUUUACAAGAUAAACAUUUUGCUGAACAAAUUGUCAAGUAUAUGAAGGAAUUUCAAUUGGCUAAGCAGCUUAAACCAGAUGAACCAGUGGAGAGAGAAUCAAUUAGACACCAAAAAGGACAAGUUAUCCCAUGAUUGUUAAUUUUGUACAGAAAAUUCAAGUUUGAAUAAAAAGUAGUCAUUUAAUUUAA